GCCGCUGCCCCUCGAAGUUGCCGAAGCGCUCCGGGCUUCCAGCGCCGCCGCCCCUCGCGGUAGGGCGGUCAACGGGGUCUCCCGACGCCCCCGCCCUCCGGGCCACCGCCGUGCUCCGGGACCCCGCUGGUGGAUGCGCCCGCCCCGGCCCGAGCAGCCCCCGGUGGCACUGCAGGCAGCGCAGCCCGCCGGGCCGCACCGGACACCGGUGAGGCGGCGGCUGUGGACGCCGCGGCGGCGUUCCCCGCCGGCCUGAAGGAGGACGGGGAGCCUCGGCGGGCCGAGGACGCUGGGCGCUCGGCGGGCACCAGCCAUGGGGUGUUGUGAGGUGAGGAGAUUGCUCUGGAGAGUCGGCCUCUUCCUCCCCCUGCUGACAGCGCGCCCCGCCACCGCCGGUCACGUCGCCAGCAACCACGUUGUGUUACUUGACACUACAGCUGUCCUUGGAGAACUAGGAUGGAAAACAUUUCCUUUAAAUGGGUGGGAUGCCAUAACUGAAAUGGAUGAACACAAUCGUCCCAUUCAUACUUACCAGGUAUGUAAUGUGAUGGAACCAAACCAGAACAACUGGCUUCAAACAAACUGGAUCUCCCGUGACGCUGCACAGAAAAUUUACGUGGAAAUGAAAUUUACCCUGAGGGACUGUAACAGUAUUCCAUGGGUACUGGGAACCUGCAAGGAAACUUUCAAUCUGUACUACAUGGAGUCAGAUGAGUCUCAUGGAGUAAAAUUCAAACCAAACCAAUACACUAAAAUUGAUACUAUUGCAGCUGAUGAGAGCUUUACCCAGAUGGACUUGGGUGACCGCAUUCUUAAACUCAACACAGAAGUUCGUGAGGUUGGGCCAAUAAACAAGAAAGGAUUUUAUCUUGCUUUUCAGGACAUCGGAGCAUGCAUUGCUUUGGUCUCAGUCCGUGUUUAUUACAAAAAGUGCCCUUUCACAGUCCGAAAUUUGGCUAUGUUUCCUGAUACCAUUCCAAGGGUUGAUUCUUCCUCUUUGGUGGAAGUACGGGGCUCCUGUGUCAAGAGCGCUGAGGAACGUGAUACUCCAAAAUUGUAUUGCGGAGCAGACGGGGAUUGGCUUGUGCCUCUAGGCCGAUGCAUCUGCAGCGUAGGAUAUGAAGAAGUGGAUGGCUCCUGCCAUGCUUGCAGGCCUGGAUUCUAUAAAGCAUUUGCUGGAAAUGUGAAGUGCUCCAAGUGCCCUCCACAUAGCUUGACUUACGUAGAAGCAACUUCUGUCUGUCAGUGUGAGAAAGGUUACUUCAGAGCUGAGAAGGACCCACCAACUAUGGCAUGUACCCGGCCACCUUCUGCUCCAAGGAAUGUGAUUUUUAACAUUAAUGAAACAGCUCUCAUGUUGGAAUGGAGCCCCCCGAGUGAUACUGGAGGAAGAAAAGAUCUCACUUACAGUGUCAUCUGUAAGAAAUGUGGGUCUGAUGCCAGCCAGUGUGAGAUCUGUGGGGGAGGUAUCCGUUUCAUCCCCAGGCACACCGGUCUCAUCAACUCCUCUGUGACAGUGCUUGACUUUGUGUCGCACGUGAACUACACCUUUGAAAUAGAAGCCACGAAUGGGGUCUCAGAGCUGAGUUUCUCUCCCAAGCAGUUCACAGCUAUCACGAUUACCACAGACCAAGAUGGAAGGCCUUGGGUUCCUUCACUGAUGAGGCUAGCAAAAAUAUGCUUACCUGUUUAUUUAGGACAAGUAGUUGUGUUGAUGACACCCUCCUUGAUAGGUAUGGUAAGGAAGGACUGGGCUUCCCAAAACAGCAUUGCCCUCUCCUGGCAAGAGCCGGACUUUCCCCAUGGAGCAAUUCUGGACUACGAGAUCAAGUACUAUGAGAAAGUCUACCCACGGAUAGCGCCGGCAUUUUGGCACUACCUGCGGGUAGAAGAGCAUGAGCAGCUCAGCUAUUCCUCCACAAGGUCCAAGGCUCCAAGUGUUAUCAUCACAGGUCUCAAGCCAGCCACCAAGUAUAUAUUUCAUAUCAGAGUCAGGACGGCAACAGGAUACAGCGGCUAUAGCCAGAAGUUUGAAUUUGAAACUGGAGAUGAAACUUCUGAUAUGGCUGCGGAGCAGGGACAGAUACUUGUAAUUGCCACUGCUGCUGUUGGUGGAUUCACUCUGCUGGUCAUCCUCACUUUGUUCUUCCUCAUCACUGGAAGAUGCCAGUGGUACAUAAAGGCCAAAAUGAAAUCUGAAGAGAAAAGAAGGGCUCAUUUGCAGAAUGGACAUUUACGUUUUCCAGGCAUCAAAACAUAUAUUGAUCCAGACACGUAUGAAGACCCAUCUCUUGCUGUCCAUGAGUUUGCAAAGGAAAUAGAUCCUUCAAGAAUUCGUAUUGAGAGAGUCAUUGGGGCAGGUGAGUUUGGAGAAGUGUGCAGUGGACGUUUGAAGACACCAGGAAAAAGAGAGAUACCUGUUGCAAUUAAAACUCUGAAAGGUGGCUAUGUGGACAGGCAGAGAAGAGAUUUCCUGAGAGAGGCUAGUAUCAUGGGACAAUUCGAUCACCCAAAUAUAAUUCGCCUUGAAGGAGUUGUUACAAAAAGAUCCUUUCCGACCAUUGGGGUGAAGUCUCUUUCGAGAUUCCUGAGGGCGGGAUUUUUAAAUAGCAUCCUGGCCUCACAUCCAGUGUCAGGGGGUGGAUCUUUACCCCCCAGCAUUUCCUCUGGCAGACCAGUAAUGAUUGUAGUUGAAUACAUGGAGAAUGGAUCCCUUGACUCCUUUCUGCGGAAGCAUGAUGGCCACUUCACAGUCAUCCAGCUGGUUGGCAUGCUGCGGGGCAUUGCAUCUGGCAUGAAGUACCUCUCCGACAUGGGCUAUGUACACCGUGAUCUGGCAGCCCGUAAUAUCUUGGUCAACAGCAACCUCAUGUGCAAAGUCUCUGAUUUUGGUUUGUCACGAGUGUUAGAGGAUGAUCCUGAAGCUGCUUACACAACAAGCGGUGGAAAAAUCCCCAUACGAUGGACUGCUCCUGAAGCUAUAGCUUACAGGAAGUUCUCUUCAGCAAGUGACGCGUGGAGCUAUGGGAUUGUAAUGUGGGAGGUGAUGUCCUACGGUGAGAGACCAUACUGGGAGAUGUCCAACCAGGAUGUUAUACUGUCUAUUGAAGAAGGCUACAGGCUUCCAGCUCCCAUGGGCUGCCCAGCUUCUCUUCACCAACUAAUGCUUCACUGCUGGCAAAAGGAGAGGAACCACCGGCCAAAAUUUAGCGACAUUGUCAACUUCCUAGACAAACUGAUCCGCAAUCCCAGCACCCUUCACACGCUAGUGGAGGAUGUACUUGUAAUGCCAGAUUCACCUGGUGAAGUUCCAGAAUAUCCUUUGUUUGUUUCAGUCAGUGACUGGCUGGACUCCAUAAAAAUGGGUCAGUAUAAAAAUAACUUCAUGGCAGCAGGUUUCACAACUUUGGAUAUGGUCUCAAGAAUGAGUAUUGAUGACGUUAGAAGAAUUGGAGUUGUACUCAUUGGACACCAGAGACGAAUAGUCAGCAGUUUACAGACUUUGCGGUUACACAUGAUGCACAUACAGGAGAAAGGAUUUCAUGUAUGAAAGUACUCAAAUCAACUGUGUUUUGUGCCUCAGCAUUUCUAAAAUGGAAAAUAUUCCCAAUCUUCCCUUCUGCUCUUCCUAACUUCAAGAACUGCAGUCUCCAGUUCAGACUAUAAAAGUACUUCUGUGUUAAUGCUUCCAAACUGGAAUUUUUAAUCACACUGCGUAGCUCCUCCACCAGUUACCUGCCAAUAAAAUCCUGGCCUACUGCAAGACUCUUGCUACACAUUGAUGAAUAACUCAGCAUGGAUGUGUAACUUUGUAUAACAGUAUUUGGGAAACUUUCAUGAACUUCCUUGAAAGUAAUAAUCUAUUUGGCCUGGUGUGGCUUCUUUAUCGAUGUAUUUAGAGUUUGCUGGUAGAUCAAAAAGUAUUUGACUUCUUUCAUGUUCUGUGACCAUGUAACUUCCAAUACCAAAUGUGCAAUCAAAAAAGUUUGACAUAACUAUUUAUUUCUUAACUAAAUCCAAAUGUAUGGGUCCUAUCAUUGUAUUACUUUAUAAUACUUUGAAUGCUGAUAAGCUGGUGCCUCAAAGUGUUAAUAUUGUUUGCAGGAAUGACUGAUUUUAUGUAGUGAAUUUUCAUUGUGUGAACAAUUGGGAGGAUAGUGAGAGAAAUCUGUUUGAAAUCUUCAGGUCCUUGAUUUUUAAUUGCUUUAGCACUUGACACUUUUUAUGCUUUAAAUUUUAGAUUAGGUUGGGAGACUUGUUCAUUCUUGGGAUUCUUCACCAUCCUAGAACUUCUUUUUUUUCCUUUGUUUUUGGUUGGGGUUUUUUUUCUUAAAUACUCAGCAUUUGCUUCUACUAUGUGGCACGUAUUCACUGGAAAACUGAUUGUAAUGUUUCUAUAACCACAUGUGAAACAUGUUUGUCAGCUAUACUGUGGCCACAGACUUCAGAAAGCUUUCUGUUCUAAAAGUGCAGGCCUCUGCUGCUUGAACUAAGCAUAACUUCCAUCAGUGGUAGUAGACCUUAGAAGGCCAGCCAUCAGUGGGGUGAUGUGCUUACUACUCCCAUGGGAGCAGACCAGCAUAUCAUCCUCCAGUCGAGGGCAAUGGUACAACCACCAACUAGUGCUGGAAGUUACAUGCAGCAGUGUGCAGCUACCUUGUACGUAGGCAGAAAAGCAGAUGUAGGACAGCAGUGUAAUAACAGGUUGCCUUGAGCCUACUGACUGCUUUUAGAAGUGAAAACCAGACUGCUGAAAUGGAGCUCUGGUUACUAUAGGCUAGACCUUCAUUUAGUACAGAUAUCUAAGUGACAUCAAGACAAUUACCUUUAGAACCCUUCGAUAGCCAUAUUUACAUGCAAGAAAAUGUCCAUAAAGGCCUAACAUGGUAUUUGUACCUCUCUAAGACUCACAGCUUUUAUGUUUUAUUCAGACAACUUACACAGACGUGCUGGGCUACGUUUCCAACUUUCUGCAUGGGAUAUGCACUCCUGGGAACAGGGGAACAAGCGCACAGCAGAAGUCAUGCACAGACCCACAUGCAUGUCCCAUGUAAACUGGGUGCAGAUGCUUUUGUUGGUUUAUAUAUAGUCUGAAGGAUGUUUUCCAGUUAUGUGGCAUUCCAAAUAUAUUCAAGUAUUACAGCUCUUCCAUUAAAAUGUGCAUUUGGGUAAUUAGUAUAAUAUAUGUAUAUAUCAAAAUGAACUAUGUACUUUAUGUAAUCAUAGUGAUAUUUACUGCUUAAUUUACAGCUUGUAAAUCAAAAUGUGUUUCCUAACUCUUGGGAAAGGCUGCCACUGUGUAUUGGUGGCAAAGAAGGAAAAUCAGAAAGCAGCUCAGAAAAGAUUAUGCUUCCAACCUAGCAUGUCACAGAGUAAGACAUGCUAGGCCCCAGUCACUUUUGUCACUUUAUGUUGGAAUAGCUGCAUUAAUUUAAAAGGGAUAGCAGUAGUGCAAGAAGCAAAUUUUUCUUUCUUUUGUUAAAAAAAAAAAAACAGAUUUAACUGAGGAGCAAGUUUUCCAAAGAUAAGGAUUCACUAGGAUCUACAGUGUCAAUAUGAAGAGCUUGUUUAAAGAAGGGCAGUUCCAGUGCUAUUUGA